AUGGAAAUCGUUCAUUUCAAUUCUAGAUUUUCAAACACGCAAUCGCCAAGUGAAACACCAACAACAUCGAUGAGCAGCUCGGAAGGAAGCCCCGUGUCGCGAACGGCAUCGACUGCAUCGCUGCUGCAACAAGGACACCCAGAAAGAAUAUCAAAUGAGCCCAGUUCUAGAAUCGGACCUGGCUUACUGCUUUUUCCGGGCAUCGCUAAAAAGCAAACGGACAAUCCGCCGCCAGAAAGUCAACAAACUAGAGCUGAACCUGCAUAUCAUGAUGCUAAUGAUGAGCAGGUGGCCACCAUUAAUCGACGUAAGCCGUGCAGCGUGCGCAGCUUUCGACGUCCGCCGCUGUGGCAGCCACCAAUGCUGACCAGGCCGACAAGGGACGAGGAGAAGCCUGACGAGCAUGAGCAUGAUCCUGUGCCCGGUAAAGGCCGUUUGGCUUGCCUGGCGAAGGCGCAUGCAUUCAUUCUCGAGUUUCUGCAGGGCUCCUCCAUUCACGGAUUCGUCUAUUUAGCCAAAUUUGGCUUGAACUUUGUCGAACGCAUGCUCUGGUUUGCGUUUAUCUGUGUGGCCCUGUUCAGCAUCAUCUCGCUGAGCCAACGCACUUGGCAACGGUUUCAGACCUCGCCCAUGGUCAUUUCGAUGGAUCGCAAUAAGCUGGUGUGGAAUACUAGUUUUCCAUCGCUCACGGUGUGUCCCCAUAAGCGCAUCGAUGAUAUCAAACUGGAGGAUUAUAUACUCAAUCAUAGCGAACAGUUCGAGGAUGAGGAGGAUAAGGAGUAUUUCCGGGAAUUUAUUAUUAAACUUGCCAGUCUCACAUAUGACAACUUGGAAACACUUCCGCUAAACAAAUCGUAUGGCAUCGAAAGCAGCCAAUAUUUGGAUAUACUCUAUGAAUUGAAAUGGCCCUUCGAGCCAGACAUCAGCAGCGGCGCCGCCGUCAAAAUGUUCAUCUAUGAGACACAAACCGAAUUUGGCAUUUGUCACUCAGUCAACUCGCUUGUGGCUCGCUACAAUACCUUUAGCUACUGGCGCAAUGGCGAUUGGAGCAUCAUGGAUCAUGGGGAUCGUGUUACAGUUCAUCCACUCGAUGGUGAGAUCUAUGCACAGAUCAUCAAUCUGUCCACGGCCUAUGAUGUUUACUUUCACGGCGCUGGCGACGUACCGAAUAUAUCCAAGCAGCGAUAUACCUUUCCCGAAAGUGACUACACAACUGUCGAGCUAAUUGCCCUGGAGAUCUAUACGAAUGAGGAUGCUCGAGCAUUCAACACGAAGCAGCGUCAGUGUCGCUUUCAGUACGAAGCGGAGGAGAUGCAAACGGUGCCCAUUUAUAGUUUUGGUCUGUGCCUCUCCGAAUGCCGCAUGUUCUUCGCCCUGCGCGUCUGCGGCUGUGUUCCACACUUUUAUCGCAAUCGGUUGCGCAAUGGUCGUCGCUUGCCCAUUUGUGACUUGCAGGGCAUCGGUUGCCUGGUCAAAAUUAAACGUGAGAUAAUCUCUUUGAAGUCGGAUAAAUAUAAAAUCCAUUGCAAUUGUCUGGCCAACUGUGAUGAUUCCAACUUUUUUGUGCAAUCCUAUAGGUCUCGCGUCUGGUUUUUGGGCGCUAAUCUUCAAUGGGGCAUUAUUGAUUAUCCCAAAAUGCAGCUGCGUCGCGAUGUGCUUUUCUCCUUUGCUGAUGUUUUGGUUUAUAUUGGCGGCCUUGUGGGUUUCUUUUUGGGCUGCAGUGCCUUAAGCUUUACGGAAAUUGUUUACUAUUUUACGGCGCGCUUAGUUCGUCGCAUGUUUUGCAAUUGA